AUGGUGGUGCAGACCCGUAAGCGAAAGGCUGCCCUGGAGCAGUCGGCCGGAAAGACCCAGGAAGCAGCCUCCGUCGAGGUAUCUCCCAAGCGACAGAAGCUCCCCAUGCGAUCCAGAGCCGACGAGCCGCCGGCCCAGAAGGCUGCCGGCAAGGGCACGCUCAUCACCUUUGACGACGAUGACAACGCAGACCAGCCGGUAGCGGCACCGGCCCCGGCAGGCGAGACGGUCGUGCUGGGCACUGCGGAACAGGAGCUUAGUGACGAAAGUGACGACGACGCCCCUGAAGCGGUCUCGACGGCGCAAGUUGCGUCAGAUAUGAAGAAGUCUGCACAGGCCACUCAAAGAGCCGCCCGAGAACAAGCCACGGCCGAGAAGCGAAAACGCCAAGAGCGCGACGUCCUCCUUAAAAAACAGGCAGAAGAGCGCAAAAAGGCAGGUCAAGCUGCCGCUGCCAUCUCACAUGACAGUGAGGAUGAUGCCCCGUCAACCAAGAAACGAGAGGCCGCGGGCAGGAGGAAGCGGACAGAUAGGGUCCAGGUUCCAAGUCUAUUGCCCCUGGAGUUCCUCACCGACGACUCGUCUAGCGAGGACGAAGCAGACGAUAGCAAAAUCAGUGACAGGAGCGCGCAGCCAAGGCAGAGAAAGGUCGAGGCUGUCGAGAAGAGGCUGACGCGCCUGGACAGGGGGCCACAAGACGAAAGGAUAGGGUCUACAGUGUACCGGGUGGCCGCCAAGCUGGACGAGCGUUUGGCGCCCAAGGUGAAGCGAUAUUCUCUGAGCGCAAGGGACCGGUUACUCCAGAGGAAUCGGACGGCAGCGAAGCCGCGGUCUAGCUUCUUUACCAAGAAGUAG